AUGAAGCUUACAUUUAAAGAUUUGAAACAGCAGAAGUUUGUAAUUGAUGCAGAGCCCUCAGAGACGGUUGGGCAAGUGAAAGAAAAGAUCUCCAAGGAGAAGGGUUGGGAGGUCCCCCAACUGAAGCUGAUCUACUCCGGUAAGAUCUUGCAGGAUGACAAGGCGAUCGAAUCAUACAACAUCGAAGAAAAGGGCUUCAUAGUAUGCAUGGUCUCCAAGCCUAAGGUCCCCUCGUCUACAGCCACGCCUUCGCAAGCCCCCUCGACGCCUUCGAGAGCUGCCGCCUCAACCCCGGCUGCGCCUCCUGCCCCGGCUCCUGCUUCUGCCUCAUCUACAAACUCCGCACCACCCCCGCCGGCAACUCCUUCCCCUGCUGGGGCUACACAGCCAUCCGACGCUGCUUUUAAUGAUCCCUCCGCUUUGCUGAGUGGCUCUCAGGGCGAGGCGGUUAUUUCUCGCAUGGAGAGUAUGGGUUUUCCAAGGGAUGAUAUCAACCGCGCUAUGAGGGCUGCCUUCUUCAAUCCUAAUCGUGCUAUCGAAUAUCUUUUGAAUGGAAUUCCAGAAAACAUACAACAGGAACAGCAACAACAACAACAGCAACAACAACAACAACAGGCUGCCGCUGCCACCGCUGCCUCGCCUCAACCCCGCGCAGCUUCCACUGGGGAAAACGCUCCUGCGACAACGGGUGGUGAAGAACCAGUCAAUCUGUUUGAGGCUGCUGCUCAGGCGGGUACCCAGGAAGAUCCCCAUGGGGCACGCUCCGGAAGUGCAGCCGGCGAAGGACUUCCGAAUCUUGACUUCCUUAGGAAUAACCCACAUUUCCAGCAACUUCGCCAGCUAGUCCAGCAGCAACCGCAAAUGCUCGAACCCAUUCUUCAACAGGUCGCGGCCGGUAACCCUCAGAUCGCCCAGCUCAUCGGCCAGAACGAGGAGCAAUUUCUUCAGCUCUUAAGCGAAGAAGGUGAUGGUGCCCUCCCUCCUGGUACGCAUCAGAUCCAUGUCACCGAGGAAGAGAGAGAUGCUAUCGAACGUCUAUGCCGUCUGGGGUUUUCCCGGGAUAUGGUCAUAGAGGCUUACUUUGCAUGUGACAAGAACGAAGAGCUCGCUGCCAACUUUCUAUUCGAGAACACUGAUGAUCCUGGAGACCUAUGA